CCACAAGAGACCUCUACCGGCUAUCGUGACUCGACGCUAGCCGUCUUCGCCCUGCUGCUGGCCUUGCGCAUCGUGAAUGCACUGACGCUGCGCACCUUCUUUCAGCCAGACGAGUUCUUCCAGUCGCUCGAGCCCGCAUGGCAGCUGGCCUUUGGUGGGGCGAGCAGUGCAUGCAUCACUUGGGAGUGGAGAACGCAGUUGCGGUCGUCCCUGCACCCGGAGCUAUUUGCAGCCGCCUACCGAGUCGCGGCUCUCAUAGCUGACUUUUGUGCCUUGAGUCUACCUGUCAGAGCCGAACUGCUCCUGUCAACGCCCAAGCUUGUCCAGGCUGUGUCCGCUGCGCUGCUCGACUGCUAUACCUGGAGGCUUGCAGAGAAAGUGUACGGUCGCGGCCAUCGCACAGCGCUCACAACUCUUGCAAUAUCGGUGUGCAGCCCGUGGCAGUGGUUCUGUUCCACCCGGACGCUGUCCAAUUGCCUCGAGACCACCUUCACAAUCAUCGCCGUCUACCACUGGCCUUGGCAUUGGACACCGGCCAGCAACCCUCCCAAACAAGGCAACAAAGCACCACUUACGGCCCAAGCUGAUCCCAAAUCGACCUUGCAGUUGCGUCUGUCACUGCUGCUAGCAGCUGUUGCCUGCGUGCUUCGCCCCACAAAUCUCCUCAUCUGGCUGCCCAUCUCCGUGCCGACAAUAUGGCAGGCGUCGAAGAGGUUGCGGUAUAUUCUGUUCCGCGAAGCCAUACUAUGCGGAUCCGCUAUUCUUGGCUUAUCAGUCUUGUCUGACAGAGUCUACUACGGUGUCUGGACGCUGCCGCCUCUGCGAUUUCUCUAUUUCAACAUUGCCCAGUCGCUUGCCGUCUUCUAUGGCAGAAACCGUCCAGACUACUACUUCACAGAAGGCCUACCGCUGCUGCUCACUACCGCCUUGCCCUUUGCCGCUGUAGGUCUGUGGCACUCACUGCGAGGUACACUUCCGGCAGCGGCCCCUGACAGCAGAGCUACAUUCAGCCAUGGCACACUCUCCCGUCUGGCAUGGACAUCGCUCACCAUGCCCAUGACCUUGAGCCUGAUUUCACACAAAGAGGUCCGCUUCCUCUAUCCGAUCCUCCCCUUUCUGCACGUCCUCGCCGCACGCCCGCUAUCCGCCUUGCUCCCAUCCCACGCUUCACUAUCGCGCCGCUCCAUUGUAGGAUUUCUCCUCCUCCUCAACAUCGCCGUCGCAGGCUACGCCUCGCAAGUCCACCAGCGCGGCGUAAUCGACGUCCUGCACUACAUCCGGCACAAGCACGAGUCCCGCAACAGCAUGUCCCUGUACACAAACUCCUCGCCCCCGCCGGCGGUGCUCAACACAAGCGUCGGCUUCCUCAUGCCCUGCCACUCGACGCCCUGGCGCUCUCACCUCGUGUAUCCUGAAAUCAACGCGUGGGCGCUAUCGUGCGAGCCACCGAUCCACGUUCCUUUCGCCGAGCGAGCAGAGUAUCUCGACGAGGCGGAUCAGUUCUACAUCCGCCCGGGCCCCGCACGCUGGCUGCGCGAUAACAUGCAGUCGGUGCACACCAUCUCGUCGAGCGGGAGCCGCACCGCGCAGUUCCUGGCCGCGCAGGACCCCAAGUUCAAGGCCGCGUAUCGCAGGGCCUGGCCGCAGAACUUGGUCUUCUUUGCCGCGCUGGAGGCGGAGCUGAGAGUUGUGUUGGCGGGGACGCGGUACAGGCAGUGCUGGAGAGGCUUUAAUAGCCACUUCCAUGAUGACGCGAGGAGGGUUGGGGAUGUGGUUGUCUGGUGUCUGGAU